AUGUCGUUCACUGUUAAUGCCAACUGUGGUGAAUCUGGCUGUAGUAAUGAAUUCGUGUCGAUUUUAUUCUACCAACAUUGUCCUCUUCUUCAACGAUUGUGUCUAGAUGGAAAUGUAUUUGAUCAGGAAUUACAGAUUAUGGACAAUGUAUGUACGUUUCAUUUUCCAUCUCUUCUCUACAUACAUGUGAGCAAACUUCAUGUUAUCUUGGCUAUUCAACUUUUGGAUCAAUGUCCUCAACUUCGUUUUUUUUCAGCAAAACUCUACGGUGAUCCGAUGAGGGAUAAUACAACAUCUUCUAUCCUGUUACCGACUCGGAUCCGUACGGGUCUUAUAGCAAUGAAGAAACUCAGCUUGGGAGAAGACAAUGAUUUUGGAUUUGAGUUUGGUAGUACAUUUCUUAAACUUCUAUUGUCAAGUUGUCCCAAUCUUCGUACAUUCAUUCUCGACAUUCGUUGCCGCUAUGAUUGGGAACAAUUACUAGAAGCAGAUUGGUGGGCACAUGUGUUUGUUUCAGAAGAUAAACUAAAGCACAUUUUUCUUCACUUACAAUGGUCGACACGUACUUAUACGCAUAAUUGGCAAGAAAAAUUUCAAGAUUUUCAGUCAUAA